AUGCCAGGCAAGAUUGCCAACCGGUUCGUCGGGUAUAUCCACAACCAGGAGCUCCGCCGGCCGUCUUGGGCUGAUCUGCCAGCCAAGCGCGAGAUUCAGCCGCAUCCUAUGACUGGCGUUAUUGACGAUACGACCUACGAUGUCCUGAGACCGGGCGUCUUGAUCCGGAGCAAGAUGCUUCGGGACCACGCACACCCGGCUGUCUUCUCCACCACAUCGGGGGACAUCUUCAUGACGAGCGCUUCGCACGGGAUCGGAGAGGGCGAGAUAGUGUGGCAUGCCCACCGCCCUGACCGCACAAUUAGCGAGGCCGUGGUUGAGAUCCCCUUUACCGACGUCAGCCUACUCAAGCUCAAGGACGAUGUCGUAUUUGUCAAUAAGACCUUUGAGACGGAUGCCGGCGCGGUGCCCUAG